UUCUACUCUGAUUCCAAAUUCCAUUUACUAGAUUCUGAUUCAGUGUUUGUUCUUGAGUCCUUUGCUUGCUUAUCUUACAAGGCCUGGGAAGGUUACAAGACUUGCUGGGAUGGAGGUCAUUAAAACGGUGGUGGCAACACGCCCCUCCACAAACCAGUCGGCAGAUUUCUUCACACACCCGCAAUUUUGGGUGGCGACAUUUUCUUCCUAACUUCUGAGGAGGGAAAAGGGUCCACCUUGCGGAGGGCUGGGAGCACAAGAGUGUUCCUGGAGUGAUGACGGUAGGGAGGGAGGGAGACUCUGGCGCUCCAUAGAUUUAGAGGCUAUUCUGUGAAAUUUACACAGAAAGAGCAAAGGCCUUUCUAAAAGCUGGGGAUUUCAGUUUCAGUUUUGGUCUCCUAACCUGCGCGUGCUCAUUCUCACCAAUGACGUCUUUUGUUUUUCGUUUGCUAUUGGCUGGCAGAGCCUCUGUGAAGCCAACCAGAAGUUAGGAAUUCGUCCCUCUCUAAACCUAGUGUAAACAGGUUUCCGUGACCUUGUGCUUCUCUGCCUGCGGGCCAUGAACCUUUACGUGUGCUCUCUCUUUUUGUUGGGGACCCUGGCCCUGGGGGAGACCUGGGCAGGCUCUCACUCCCUGAGGUAUUUCUCCGCCGCUGUGUCCCGGCCCGAGCUCGGGGAGCCGCGGUUCUUCUCCGUGGGCUACGUGGACGAUCAGCAGUUCGUGGGCUUUGACAGCGACAGCGAGAGUCAGAGGCAGGAGCCGCGGGCGCCGUGGAUGGAGCAGCUGGAGCCUGACUACUGGGAGCGGAACACGCGCAUCUCCAGGGCGAACGCACAGAGUUCCCGAGUGACCCUGCGGAACAUGCGCAGCUACUACAACCAGAGCGAGGGCGGGGUCCACAUCUUCCAGACCAUGUACGGCUGCGAGGUUUCCCCCGACGUCACCUUCAAGCGAGGUUUUUUUCAACACGCCUACGACGGGCACGACUACCUCUCCCUGGACACGGAGACCUACACGUGGACGGCGUCGGUGCCCCAGGCUCUGAACUCCAAGCGCAAGUGGGAGGCGGAGAGGAGCAUAGUAGAGGGAUAUAAAGCCUAUCUGGAGGAGACGUGCGUGCUGUGGCUGAAGAAGUACCUGGAAAUGGGGAAGGAGACGCUGAAGAAGGCAGAUCCGCCCUCUACCCGAGUGACCCACCACACUGCCCCCAAUGGGGAAGUGACCCUGCGGUGCCGGGCCCAGGACUUCUACCCUGCCGACAUCUCCCUGACUUGGCUGAGGGAUGGGGAGGAACAACUCCAGGACACAGAGUUCAUUGAGACCAGGCCUGCAGGAGACGGGACCUUCCAGAAGUGGGCAGGUGUGGAUGUGACCUCGGGCCAGGAAGGGAAAUAUACCUGCCGAGUUCAGCACGAGGGACUGCCUGAGCCCCUCACCCUGAAGUGGGAGCCAGAGUCCUCAUCCCCCUGGCUCAUUAUGGGGGGUGUUGCUUUUGUCCUCCCCGUUGCACUCAUUGCUGGAGUUGGGAUCUGGAGGAAGAAGACUUCAGGUGGAAAAGGAGGGGACUAUGUUCCUGCUACAGGCAAUGAGAGUGCACAGGGGUCAGAUGUGUCCCCUACAGCCAAAGGUUGAGAGAAUUGCCUGGUGUGGGCCUGAGGAAGAAAACAAGUCUCCAGUCCCUGUGUUGUUGCUGUGGACCCCUGGCUUCUCUCCCCAGCACUGGCCCCUGGGAUCCUCCCUGGACUCUACUGGCCCAAGCCCAGGGAAGCAUCAUUAGGGCCCUCACUCUGUUCUUUGAGGCCUCCCUCCCCACCUUCUUUCUUUCUGCCUGUGUCACUCUUCAGGGAGACAACCAGCAGUGAGGGCCAGAGAGCUUUGGUAGUGAACCCUCCUUCACACAUGAUAUUGCACUGACCUGGGAGCUUUGUCUGACUGCACACACAGCCUAACAAAUUGUUAUUCUUGAGUCCUCAGCUUUUCUCCACAGUCUCCAUCUGAGUGGGGGACUUUGGGGGACAGGAUGACAAUGUGGAGAUGUUACGGCUGUAUGAAGGGGAAAUAAAGUUUGGAGACGUCUGAGAA